UGACCAGAGAGUGAGCAGAGCAUGGCGAACGACGCUACGUGGUGGGCCGCUAGUGGGUGGCGGGCAGUCGCUUCCUUGCUACGAAACCUGUAAGGGACCCCACUGCAGCAGAAAUGACGUGUGUUCUUGUUGCCGUGUUUCUGGCAGUUCUCUGCCAGGUGAACAGCCAAGUUGUGCACGACACUCGUGCUCCCUGCGAUCCGCCAAGGAUGGGGUCACCUCGCACGGAACAAGUCGAAAUUACAAAAACUGUUACGGAGAUGGAAACCUUUCAUGUCCCUGUCACGUCGUCUGUGUGGGUAAGCUCUGUGACAGUGACUCGGCUCGUCACUGAAUACGUCUACAUCCCCGCCAGCCAUGGCACCGCCACCAGUCUAAGGACAGUUACAGCCUCUCCGGUCUCCGUGGUGCGUGAUUCGUGUUGUAUCGACUCAGUACGGACGGUUGUGUCUGUGAUUUCAUCCUUCGUUCCAAAAGCGGACACCAAGAACGUUUACCCGAGCGUUUGUGUGCAACACGAGACUAAAGCGGUUCCAGCGCCAUCGGUCCAGACGGUGGUACAACGCGUCAUCACCACCACCACCACCACCACCACCACCACUCUGCGUUUGACAACCAUCACGGUGACAUCCACCACGCAUGGGUGUCAUUAACAAAACGUGUAGUUACCGGAUGUCGGAUAUUUGUAACUUGUAAUUCGUGAUCAUUCAAAUAAUGUACAACUGAUCACUCAUGUAAUGUGCAAUGUACACUAUAUAUAGGAAGUCUAUUCAUGCCUAUUCAGAAUCCAAAAUCUUUUUCUACAGUAUUAGUGUGAAUGAUUGAUAUAUUUUAAAAUAUCACAAGCAAAUUACUGGUACACUCGUAUGGAUGAAAGUAAUAUAGUUCCUCCAGUAAAGCAGAUUAUUGUUUCUUAUCUUUUUUGGUAAAUUGCCACAUGUAAAUUAUGGGUUGUUUCACAAGUACCUGUUUCAUGGGUUGUAUUACAUGUGUUUGCUUCACAUCUACUUGUUUAACGUGUAUAAAAAAAGUCAAGCAA